AUGGGUGUUUUCACUUCUGAAAGCGAGCACGUUUCCCCUGUCUCUGCUGUAAGACUAUACAAAGCCAUUGUCAUAGAUGCCAGCAAUGUCUUCCCAAAAGCUUUGCCAAACUUCAUUAAGAGUGCAGAAACCAUCGAGGGAGAUGGAGGUCCUGGAACCAUUAAGAAGCUUACUCUUGCUGAAGGUUUAGGCUAUGUGAAGCACCACGUAGAUGCAAUUGACACAGAAAACUAUGUGUACAAUUAUAGUGUAAUUGAAGGAAGUGCUUUAUCAGACCCAUUGGAAAAGAUCUCAUAUGAGUACAAACUGGUGCCAACCCCUGAUGGAGGAUCCAUUGUCAAGUCCACAAGCAAAUACUACACCAAAGGUGAUGAGAAACUCAGUGAAGAAUAUUUGAAGGCUGGGAAGGAGAGAUCUGCAGGGUUCACCAAGGCUAUUGAGGAUUACAUUCUGGCUAAUCCUGAUUACAACUAAGACAGCAACUGAUUUUGUGUUAAUUAUGGUCCUUAUGUGUGUGUGUGUGUGUGUUUUU